AUGUGUGCCUAUUCAUUGCAGGUCGACCUCACGCGCACCUUCACCUUCCGCAACUCCAAGCAGACAUACACAGGAAUUCCCAUUAUUGUGGCAAACAUGGACACUGUGGGGACAUUUGAAAUGGCUGUGGUUAUGGCAAAACAUGCAAUGUUCACUGCAAUUCACAAGCAUUAUUCUCUGGAAGAAUGGAAACUGUUUGCUGCCAAUCACCCAGAAUGCCUUGAGCAUGUAGCAGCAAGCUCAGGUAGUGGUAAAGCUGAUUUGGACAAGUUAACAAGUAUUCUAGAGGCCAUUCCACCUAUCAAAUACAUCUGCCUGGAUGUGGCAAAUGGCUAUUCAGAGCACUUUGUGGAGUUUGUGAAGUCUGUCCGUGCCCUGUUCCCACAUCACACCAUUAUGGCAGGCAAUGUGGUGACAGGAGAGAUGGUAGAAGAACUUAUUCUUUCUGGAGCAGAUAUUAUUAAAGUUGGUAUUGGACCAGGUUCUGUGUGUACUACUCGGAUUAAGACGGGGGUGGGCUAUCCACAGCUAAGUGCUGUUAUUGAGUGUGCAGACUCAGCACAUGGCUUGAAAGGACAUAUCAUCUCUGACGGAGGAUGCAGCUGCCCAGGAGAUGUCGCCAAAGCAUUUGGAGCCGGUGCUGAUUUUGUCAUGCUUGGAGGAAUGUUUGCAGGCCAUGACCAGUGUGCUGGAGAGAUUAUGGAAAAGAAUGGCAAGAAAGUGAAACUCUUCUAUGGAAUGAGCUCUGAAACAGCCAUGAAGAAGCAUGCAGGAGGGGUUGCUGAAUACAGGGCUUCGGAGGGCAGAACUGUGGAGGUACCAUACAGAGGGGACGUGGAACUCACCAUCCUGGAUAUCCUCGGAGGGCUGCGCUCCACCUGCACCUACGUGGGAGCUGCCAAACUCAAGGAACUGAGCAGGAGAACAACAUUUAUCCGGGUCACGCAGCAGCACAGCCAGGUCUUCUCUUAGCCCAGGACUGGGGGGGGCUGGAGAGAGAGGGGUGGGGGAGAGGAGCAGGAAGGGUAGCUGGUUUGAUUUGCUUUCUCCAUGUUGUCUUAGUGGCAAACUCUCCUCUCUCUCAGAAUGGCAGCAACAUAGCCAUUGGAGGGGCUAUGUCUGGGGUUUGAGUGGGGAAGGUCGUACUAUUAAUGCAGUGCCAUUUGUUCAAAAUGCAAUAGCCUCAUCUUUUAUUGUUGUGCCUAUGUUAUUUUUUAAUCAACAUUUCUUCACCUCUUUUUCUCCUCCUCUGAUAAAUAGCUGCUGAAACCUCAAUUAACAAGGAAUAGGCUUGUACAGGCAGGGCUGUUAACGCCUGCACACAUACACACUUGCUGUUUUUUAAGACUGGCCUGUCAGCUACCGCCACUUCUGGCAGUUCACCCUCCAAACAUUGCAGGCUGGGAGAUAAAAAGAUACAAGGAAUUGCGUGGAGAAAUCACCAUUCAAAUUCUCUUAAUCUUUGUCCUGGCAAAAGAAUGGAUGUUUGUGGUGUGGCUGCCAGCCUGCAGAAUGUUAGUUAGAGGUGGAUGGUGGAUGAGGCCAGGCUACUGGUGACUUCCUACUGUGAUGUUAAAAAUGCCAGAUCUCUCUCACUCUCAGUUCACAGGGCUGGUACUGCUGUUCUUACUUAAAUCUCCUUAUUUAGUGAACUUGCCUCUUCAGAGAAGUUGGCGUUGAAUGUAGCAAACCCGUGCUGUCCCCCCUGCCCCCAUCUGCAGAGACUGUUCAGGAGAAAACGUCUCAGAUCUUGCCUGCUUUUUUGUGCAUGCAGUUACUGAAUUACCUGGGUUCCUGCUUUGCCUGCUGUCUGUGAACAGAUUUUUAAGACACUGAAACUCGGCAACAGUAAUCCCCUCCAAGGGGGGGCAUUUCUCUGCUGCCCUCCCUGUUCUCUUGCCUCUUCAUAUCCAUUUAGCAAAGGUGUACAGAUGCCGUGCUGUGCAUUGUAUGUGGCCAGGGGAAUGAGGCUGGAGGGAUCAAAUUCACUUUUGGUUAUUUGGUACCACUCCUUUGCAGUGCUCGACACCAUAAAAAGCAAAAGAGAGCUUUCAGCAGAAUAACCCAAUCCCAAGACACUGGUAGGCUGAGAGUGGAGUUAAAACAUUUGCUCUAAAGGCAGUAAUGAAUGUUUAAGACUCUGGGUAACACUUUAAUAAAGUGUAAUGGCCCACUAAUUAAUUGAUAAAUCACAAUGAAAUUUCUUUGAAAAUACACAUUGCAUCCACAUGAAUCCCACAGUAGCUCGUUAUGAUAAACGAUGUAAAAGUGAGCUCCAAUGAAUUAAUAAUGCUUGGCCACUUACUUUUAAAGUGCUGCUGAGAUCGCAAUACAGCUAAUGUUACUUCAGUACUUCAGAGUCUUACUUUCCCCUUGUGUAGAUACCUGUGGAAAGAGGCAGGCUUCCUUUGAAAAGCAAAACAGCGAGCUGUAGGAAGAGGCAUAAUAAAGAGAUUAACUCCAGAAUUAAACUCCUGUGCUUGACUGCUCAGAAAGCCAUGCACAAGGAUUGGUACAGCUGACCAUGCUGAGGAGCAAGUCUAAGCCACAAGCUGAUCCCUGGUGAUUUUGAAGUGUGUUGUGCACAUUAGAAAAAGCACAGAAUGUCUUCUAAAUAGCCUGGUAUUUUAAAUGGCUUCCAUUUAACAUGCAGGACAAAAUUCUUUCUUGUGGUAUGACCCCUUCAUCUGCUCUGGAGGUGAGUAAGGGCCUUAAUGUGAGCACAGGUUAUGCUUGUGCUGGCUUUAAAGACCAUUUGUCCUGGCCACAUACCAUAAAGGAACCUGCACACAGGUGCAAGCAGGCCCUGGGAAUAAAGGACCUGAUCUCUCUUCAAGCCUCCAGCCAGAAAGCAUCACGUUAAGAAGACACUGAGCUUCUUUACAGCAAACCCUACUUUGGGCCACAUACUGCCCAGAGUACGGGCAGUAUUACUGCUCCGCAUUGCUACGGCUGUAGGGGGUCACUGGUCCUUUAUGUUCGCCAUGUGAAGGGCAGGGCCACAUGAGCAGGUGAACACCUCCAGCAGGAGUGGGGUCAGACCGCUGCAGCGCAGCCCUGACCACAGGGCUGUCUCCACACUCGUGCCUUCAUAUGUGGGAAGCACAGCAGUCUGCUGGUCUCACGCCUACUCUCGCUAGCGCUUUUCUACUUUUUUUAGCUACAUUUCUAAAUGGAAUUUAAGAAAUACAUAUACAUAUAAAUAUAUAUAUUUGUAAACAUUUUUUAAAAGCUCAUAGGCACGCUGAACAGAGCAGCUUCAUGACAUGUCUUCAGAACAGUUUCUUUCCCAAAGGGCAGGUGCUGGGGGCAAAAAGCGGGGUGGCUUCUCCACAGGCGUGGCAGUGUGAGGCCUUGGCCCCAGGCAGGCACCACACUUACAUGGCCAGCCUGGCCCGGGGCCGAGGUGCCACACACAGCCAACCUACCACUGACUGACCAGUGACUAAUAGGGAAGGCUGGCGAUAGGCAAAUCUUAAGUUGUCCCUGGAAUUUUCCAGGCUGUAAAGGACAUAGAUGCUAAGAAUGGUUACUGACAAAGCUUCAAAGCUUUGACUUAAGAGUAUUUGGUUUUCCAAAUAGCAGCUCCUACCAUCAUUUUGAUAAGCAACAUGUUCUCUUUCUAUUUGAUUUUUCUCCUUCUCUCUCCAAAGUGAGUGGGAGAGAGAAAUUGGCUGCAGAAAGGCUGAACUGGUGGCUAAACUGGGUGUUAAAGGAGGCUUAAGCUCGUCUUUUUUUCCAUUUUGUAGCAUGUCUGCAUCUCACCCAAAGUUAUAUGUGAGUUUUGUUCAGGGAUGAUCCUUGGCUCUGUCAGCGCUCACCAUUCACACAGUAAGUGUCUAGCUUUCAGGCUGCAAAAUGGAAAAAAAGAGGAACUUGAGCCCUUCUGUAACACCUAGGCCUGUGCUCCAGUAGUUGCCCUAAUCUUCGCUCAGCCCCAGGUCCUGUGCCACUCUGGCAGGGAACUGGGCUCUGAGGGUGCUGAGGGCACGCUGUGCCUGGUGGGGUCCCAAGCAGAGACCACAACCACUGACAAACACCUUGUGCCGUUUGUGGAUCUACCUCACCUGCACAUGUAACCAGGUUCUCCGUUACUUGGUGCCCUUCUGUGGGACGCGUCAUUGGAAAGCACAUCGUGUCGGGUGAUUGUGCAUGACCUGGGCUCCUUUAACCCCACCACCCAACGCCACCCUGUCCAGCGGGCUGCCGUGCUUGCGACUGCCUGUGCUGUAGGCCAAGUUCAUGCCUGCUUCCCCCAGCCAGGCAGCUGUUGAGCACCCAAGAGCAAUGCUGAGAGCAAUGCUGACGUUUGGCUCCCUGGGCUGGCUCCGCAAGUCACUUGAGUUUAACACACCAAAGACCUACAAGCAGGGAUGCUGAUAAAUCAUAAUGUUACAUCAUUAAAGGACUCCCUGCUGAGCACGUCCAUCUCUGGCUUCUUGAAACACAGGGACACCCAAAACACCCCCCACUGCUCCCAGCUGUAUUCUGGAGUUGCCUUGCUGCAGCACGUUGUGCGGGCUGGGCUGGCUGUCCCUCCUGCUCUGGUGGCCUGGCUUAGCGGAGCUCUACGGGGUGAGGGAGGCCUUGGCACAGCAGCAGACUUGCUCACACCCCAGCGGCUGCAUGCUGGCUGCGAGGAGUGCACGUGUAGCCCCCCUCGCAGGCAUGAGGCCUGCCUGUGACAGGAGCAGGCCUUGAGCCAGCAUCCUUCUGGAUGCAGGACCAGCCACCUGCGUCUCCGCUCUCUGAAAAAAAGUGCAGGUGCCCGGGGGUUGCUCACUGGCUCACCCCCAUCGGCCAUGGGGCAGAGGCUUCAGCUGUGCUCUGCCCUGCAGCUGUCUUCUCACCUUAGGGCAUGGCUGGGGGUGAGCGUAGGAUGGGGCCACGCUGUAAAUGUAAAUGGGUUGUAAGCAGGGGCAGGAGGAGCCUUUGCUUACAUUUGGAGGAGCCUUUCCAGCACAAAGCGUGCCUAUGCGUGUCUUUCAGCUAGUCAGUAGUGGGGGGAGGAAGGAUGGGGGUGAGCAAGAAACACAGCAGCAAUUAGCUUGCUCCACUGUGCUGCGACAGGGGCUGGUGUUUUUCAGUUGUGGACAUAAGGAGAGUUUGAAGCAUUUUCUGGACCAAGCACUCCCUGGUUUAUACUCGUCGAGCUCCACUGUCUUGAACAGACUUGCUGCUACAGCUUCCUGCCCGUGUCCAUCACCGCCUCCACCCCGGGGAUGUUGGUUUUUAGUUGCUAAUAUCAGUUUUAUACCAAAAGGUCUUUGUGGGAGCCAGGAGGGCUUUUGUGACCAGUGCCAGGUUUGACCUUGUUUAUGUAGAAUGGGGGAAAAAAAAAAGCUGAGGCCCAAGAGCAGCAGUUUGCCUUCUGCAGCGGCCAGAGCCAGCAGGCAGGAGAGGGCAGGUCCCUUCCCUGCCCACUGGGAGCUGCCCAGGAGCAGAGUGGCCAAAGCUCAUCUGGGUUAGAUGCUGGCACAGCUCUGCGCCCUUGAACACAGCAUGGAUACUCCCGCAGCCUUUGCUUUGCCUGUGGUUGUUCAGCUGUUUAAGCGAGCCCUCCCCAGCAUUUACUUGACACAAUGUUUACUGGUUGAAGUUUUCAUUCACAAAUAAGUAAUUCAUAGUCCAAAACUCCUUGGUGUUGCCUGCGAUAACUGUGAAGCGCUUCUGCAUAAUCGGCCAAAAAAGGGCUGAUGAGGUUCCAUGUUCUCCUGCCCCACUCGGCCCUGCUGUGGUGGCGAUGCCGAGUGCUGCCUCCCCUCCCCUGUGGCAACCGCGCGUGCGCGACGACUCCAGCGCAGCUGGCACCGGCCUUUAACGUGUUCAGAAGCUGUAAAUGGAAAAGUUUUUGUUAUGCAAUAAAGAGCUUCACUCUGAUGGUCUGGAGAGGGUUUUAUGGCUACGGAUGGGUAGGUGCGCGUUUCUGCAUUGUCGCGAGUAAAAGCCAACGCUCUCAAAUGUGUUGCCGAGGGGGGGAAAUUAAAUUGGGCAAAUUACUUCCCUAGGAAAGCUCUCUCCCAUUCAGUCAUAACUCAUAAAAACAAAACACGUAUUUGCAAUUGGCACUGUUAUUUUAUUAGUACGAGUAUACUGAAACAAUAAACUUGUACUGGUAUACAGACAAUUUCUUUAAAACAAUUUUGUUCAAAUUUUGAAUCAAACAUUGUUUUAUUAUAAUAAUGAAAUAAUUUCUACCUAGAAAACCUGCAAGCACCAUCAAAGAAAGGGACCAUAAAAUUCAAUAAACAGACGCGAGUGUAUCCUACAAAUAGACACACCACCAUUAGAAAAUAGAAUAUGAAUUCUUCCAUUUUUUUUAAUAUUUGUUUUAAAAAAGCUAGUGCAAGUACAAUAUUUUACACUGGAAUUACAGAGAGUAUGCACGCAUAUGGAAAAAAGUUCUCCUGUCACAAUAAAAGCUCUUAACUAUGUCUGUAUGCACUUAAAAUCUUCUCCUCUUUUCAAUAAGGUGCAAAACGUUAUUCCCUCCCUAUUUCUCCUUUGUACUGGCCAUGUCAGCUCGAUUUCUCCCCAACACAAAGCUGCGAUAUCCCUUUUACUGGGCCUACACUAGGAACUACACUGGAAGUGUUAUUUGCAACAACCCUCACUAGUAAUACCAGACGAAUUAAAAAACAAAACAAAACAAAACAAAAAGACCUUAAAAACUACUGCUGUAGAAUGGCUAAACUUUACCCCAGCACGGCCAAGCGCCGCCGCUGGCUGCCGGGAGCGGUGACAUAGCUAGUACAAAAUGAUUUUCAGUAGCUCACCCGAACUGAAAAAGGUUGGGAAAUUCCCCCUCCCCCCCUUUUGUAACACUGUGAAAAGAACAGUGUUCAACAAGUUAAUAUAUUAUUCCAACAAAACAUAAAAAAAAAGAGCAAAUACAUACAUUAGUGAGUUUCAACAUUAGCUGACUGUCGUGAAGAGUCGUAUCUACGCCUUAACAGAUUAGUAACUUUGCUAGGAAGCCAGCCCGAUGGCCAGGCAGCAAACACAGACUGAGCCACCCGCAGCCACCCCUGGCUCGUUUCUGCCCUCAGCUACACGGAUCCAAACCCGACUGACUUGGACAGGAGUUCUCAGAGUGUGUUCAAAGGGAGAGUAGGUGGGUCCUGGAUUUUUAAAGCAAAUGCCAGGGCGGGAUCCCCUCGCCGGCUGGUGUGAAGGGGCAGAGUAACGCUGCCCAGGGAGCCGGCGGUCCCACACCGGCUCCGUGCCGGCCGAGGACCUGGGCCCUGAAGUUUCUGCUCGUCAGCAAUCCCGAAGUACAGCCACGACAGCUUCAAUGAGUGACUAACGCUCGCGGCAAACAACACUUCCAAUGCAUACCUACUGCGUGGUCAAGGGAAAGGGCACAGGAGCUUUGACUGCUCAAAAUAGAAACGAACAAAAAAGAAACAAGCUUGGAUGAAGCCUCCAUAAAAUCCUCAGUGGAAGACUUGAGUCCUUUCAGCUAACGACAAGAAAAAAACUACAGAAACCUUAGAGACUGUUAUUGUAUAAAUACUACCUGUUGGCUGAAUGCACUUCAUUGUAACACAGCUGGGGCUGGUUUUCUGAGCGCCUGUGGAGUCACUUGGACAGGGGGAGUCUUUCUGCCCCGUGUGCCUGCGGGAGCCAAAGCUUGAGUUACCUCCAGGGAGGGGGACGGGGGCAGCCUGAAACUUCACCCGCUUUGCCCUGCCGCUGGCUCCCAGCUGCCCAGCUCAAUCUUUGGACAGGAAAAGGACCCUCUCUCUCAGAAACUGCCUCAGGAUCCUCUCCUUUUGGCUUCUGAAAAACACUGGUCUCGCCAUCGGCCAAGACCAUGACUGGAAACGUGCUCUGUGUGAUGAAAUGCUCCCCGGGGGAUCUGAAAGCAGAGGUGGGGGAGAGGGGGCAGCGACAGGGGCUGGAAGGCAGGGGCGCCUCGGGCAUCGCUCUGCUGCUGGCGCUGGGCUAGGAUCCCUUGUUAUAAGCACUUCUUGCUCAGGGUUAUACUCUUUGGGUUUCGUCUGGAACAGGAAGUGCUGAAAAAACGUGGAACAGCAUCCCAGAGAGAGGAAAAAACGGGACCGAAAGGCUUGAGGCGGGAACUAAGCAGGAACUAAGCAGGUCGCGCUCAGUCGGCAGCGGCUCUCCACCCCAGGGCGGCUGCGGCGUUGCCGGCCCCAGCCCCGGUAGCGCCCCGACACUGGGGCCGGCCUGGCCCUGCCUGCGAAGGUCAUGGCCGGGCCCUCCCUCAAAUCUGGCCCUGCCCUGCGGGCUGCCAGGGGCUCCCUCGGCACAGGGAGGACAGACUUAAAGCCAAAACACAGCUGGAGAGUGAGACUCUAGUUUUGCACAGUAGCCACCCUUUGAAGUGCCCAAUAGCUGCACUCGAGAAUUGCUGCUCCAAGGUAAGUUUUCAGCACAGGAAUAAACAGUGUGAAGCAUGACUCCAUUCCCCAGAAAUGGGACCCAUGUAAUACGAACAGAAAAUUAAGCACAGUUGUUCUUUAAGAGCCUUUUAAGUAAUAAUUCUUCCUGGCCAAAGCCAAUACAAAUCAGAUCAUCUAGACAUGACAUUUUCUAUAUACAAAAAACAUGUAACUUUCAACCUUUCUCUGCUUUUGUAUUUAAAAACUUUUUUUUUUUUUUUUUACAAACAAGGUAUGAAACUCACUGUUCAAACAGAGCCAUCUCUUUUUCAAACACUGAAUGAAUCAUUCCAACAUUCAUUUUUCUUUUGUGCAAUUUUUAAAACAUUACCUGUACUCCUCAAUGUGAGUGCUUCAAAAAAAGUUUCUAUUUUUAAUAAGCUUCUCAAAUUAGGUUUACAUCAAAAAAUAUUCCCACAAGGUAUAGUGCUACAAGAAAAGAUCCUAUCAGUAAAGGUAACACAUCUGAAGCGAGGUCGUCUAUGUAAAAGAAAUUGAACUCUGGAGUAGAGGUGUGCAACGCGUUUGGAAUUUCCCUAUCGACACAAAGCAAGGCUGUCUUCAGGACAGGGAAUCAAGUGGACAUGUAGGCAUACGUGUAAAAAAAAA